AUGCGUGCGGCCGUUGGCCUGAUGCUGUCGCACGGUGCUGGUGGCAUGGAGCCAGCGUUGUCACGCCCGGACUACGAGCAGAGCGCCCUGCACCACAGCUGCCUGCUGGUGCUGCUCCGCGGCGUGGGUCCAUCGCGCGCUCGCGUCCUUCAGCGGGCGUUCGAGAAAGUGCGACGUGUCAAUCACAUCCGGGUCAAUGACUCCUCUGGCCAUCCCCGCUCCAUUUGGAUCCGCUUCGUUCACGAUCAUCCUGUGGAGCACAACGAUUGGGGAGACUUUCAGACCCAUCGCCGACUGCUGGGACUUGUCACCAUCGGCAAAUUCGAUAGCCAAAUCGAGCUAAAUGAGCUGUGCCGUCAGCACGAGUCCUUGAAAGUUCGCUACGGGUCUACUCUGUACGAGUCCCGUGCCAUUUUCUUUGGGCCCGAUGAGCCGCCACUGGAAAUCAUUGGGGAGGUGCUGGGACCACCAGCAGCUGGUGGACGACGCCUCCAAGAUGAAUUCACAACGCCAUCGAAUUUCAAGGCGCAGGCCUUCUUCUAUCGCGAACAGGAUUCGUGUGCUGAUCUCGAAGCCCGAAUUGGAGACUUUGCCAGCGCGUUGUUUUGGGUCCUGGAAUCGCGACGAUUAGAGCGAUCUCGCGAGAAGGCAGACAAGGUGAGCCUGUUGCUGGCACCCUUUGAAAAGCGAGACUUUGUGGGCCUAGACAUGGAGUCGAGAAACAAUAGGAAAAGGUGCGUGGGUCGUGUGAUGAAGAACCUGGCUGAUCUUUCGCUGCAAGCCGGCCUGGUUGACGACGCCUUGAGUUUGUACCACAAUGCCAAUGAGACCUUGAGGUCGGUUGGUGACUCCCUGUGGGUUGGCGCAACUGAAGAGGGUUUGUGUGCCGCUUCCGCAAUGCUGUUGUAUCCCCAAAUGCGAGAAACCGAGACACUGCACAGAAACUCGUCGCUUCAGGAGGCGGGCACCUCUCCCCUAAAAAACACCCCCGAAAAGUGGCGUGCUAGCGACGCCACCAAGAAGAUUAGCGCCAGUGACGCAACCGCGAACAAUGUGGAUUCCAGCCAGCCACAGCAGCGCGUAACCUCGAACUCAUCUUCUUGCUCGUCCGUGUCUUCCCUGGUGACAACGGCCACCAAUUCCUCCGCCUCGGACACGCCCACUACAUCGUCUUCCUCCACUUCGACUUUAUCGGCAGCUCCGAUACCAGGACACCAGAGAAACGGCGAUCUGCCGGGCAACAUCCUCAAGGCGGAGGAGAUCACCAACUACUAUCGCAAGGCCAUCAUUAACUACAGCAAGUAUAGGCAUGCAGCCACUAUAGAGACGGAGGCGGCACUGAAGGCCUCGCGGAUUUGCAUCGAGCAGAAUCGUCCCCUGGACGUGGCCAUGUUUCUGCAGAAUAUACUCUACAUAAACCUGAGCAUGAGCGAAGCCGAGCGGGUAAAGAGAUUCGAGGUCAUUACGGAUCUGUAUCAGCAGAUCGGAUACCAAAGGAAGGCGGCAUUUUUCCAAAGACUUGCUGCACUCAAGCACGUUCAGCAGGGAAGCCAAGCGCCGGACUGGAACCAAAGUUACCGCCUCAUGUUGGGCAGUUUUACGGGAUACCGACUUUGCCUCGACCCCUUGGAAGUAAUAGAAAAUGCUGCCGGCUGGCCGGCGUUGCAAAUCGAUCUGGUCCAGACCCUUAUAACUGCCGCCAGGCGUUUGGGACAGUCCGCUUUGGCCACGCGGCACAUGACCUUUUUGCUGCAAACUCAGUGGGACAACAUGUCGCCAACGGAGCAAAGCGAGAUGGCUGUGCAACUGCAGAAUUUAAGCGCUCAGUGCGAGGGCUCUCCUGUGCCCUUGGUGCUGGAAAAUGGCACUGUGAUACCACCCGCCAAUCUCACGGAUCUGCCCUACUGCCUCGAUCUUCAGGUUAAAGAUUUGCCCGCUCAUUUGCGACCGCAAAGAAUAAAGGUGGCCAAAGCGGACAGUGGGCCUUUCUUAUUCACGCCAAUACACUUCAAUUCUGUCGACAGAAGGGACAAGAAAAAGGACAAAAAUAAAAUAGCUUUCCAGUGGGUGCAAAAUGAUUUAAGUGAAGUGACUGUGCGCCUGCGGAAUCCCCUGCCCUUCGAGCUGCCCGUCACGGACAUGAGAUUGCUGACAAACGGCGUGGUGUUUGAGUCUUUGCCCCAGUCUCUUGUACUCCAGCCACAUGUGCCCACGUAUGUGGCACUACAUGGAACGCCAAUUGAGACGGGGCAACUCGAUCUGCAGGGCUACAGCACGCACACGCUGGGUGUGAAGUCCAACUGUCGGCUGAAGCACAUGCGUGGACGCAGCUUUCCGCCCAACUACGUGGUUGACGUUAUCCCCGCCCUUCCUAGGAUAUCUGUGAAAACUUCGCUACCACAGACAGCGACGUUUAGCAACAUGAACAGUGCGGAUAUCGUGGUGACCUCUGCCAGCUUGACGCUGUACAACGGAGAAUCUUCCAGCUGCACGAUAACUAUUACCAAUGAGAGUGCCACGCUGCCACUGGAGCACCUAGAGUUCAGCAUCAACUCAAAUGUGGAGCAGGAGCUGCAGCAGAAGAUCUUCCGAAUAGAUGAAGAAGCCAUUAAGGCCCAGUUGCCAGUGCCUCCCCAGGGCACCAUUGAAAUUAUAGUGGAUGUUUAUGCAGAAGCGGACUUCGUUUGUCCUCAACCACCGGCUUCAUUGCAUUCUGCCGCUGCUCCUGGGGACUACGGUGCAGCGUCACUAACGCACUACUCGAGCGUGUCCACCUCUGGGCACGCCAGCUUACCCUCCAGAGUCGGUUCACCGCAUCAUCGUCGAAAUGAGCCACAGAAUUCCAGUUUCCGGUCGACCAUUUCUGGCGGUCCACCAUCGCUGGCUGCCUUAACCCUGCAGCCUGGCGGCGGUGGAGGAGUAGGACCUCCCAGCCUUGGGUCACAAUAUAACCAGCACAUAGAGGCGCAAGUCAGAUUCAAGUACUCCGGCGGAGAUGCUUUGACGGCGGGCUACUGCCGCCAAUGUGCGGUGUCCUUUAAUCUAGAAUUGUUGCCUAGCGCACAGAUUACAAGCUGGGAUGUGCUUCCCGCAGAGGUAGCCUCCCAAUUUUACCUGGUACUUGACAUCUCCAACCUAACCGCUCAAGAGAUGUCGCUCAACUAUACGGACACCAAGAAUAUACUCAUCGAGGCCAAAGAGAGCUGCCGAGUGCCCAUACCUGUGGAUCGGUGCUCCUUGGAGAAAGUGGUGGCUGCUCGGGCAGCCGAGGUAGCUGAGAAUCUGGAGAGAGAACUCUGCUUUCGGACGCAGCUGCUGUCGUUUAACGAUGCUCUGAGUAAGCUCUGCUCAAUUCACAUAGCUGAAAGGGUGAAAAUCAAAUGGCUGUUAACGGGGACGGACAUUCAGGGAAUCGCCUCACUGCGAGGAAUAGUUCUCUCCCAGUCUAUGGUGGAUUUGACAGCUGUGUCGCCUUUGGAGUGGGCUAUAAGCUUCCAAGACACGCUCGUGCAGCCGCACAAUGAGAUUGUGUGUACGGUGGGCCAGCGAUCGCUGCUAAGCAUCCAGCUGGCCAAUCAAUCCCUGCAACCACUUAGAAAUCUGGUGCUGAGCAUAAAGUUCUAUCAGGAUUACCUGAACGGAAUGGAAAAUUACAAUUUAGAGACACGCGUGGCCAUUUCAGGACCAAAUAGAAUUGCAAUACCACUACUGGAGAAGCAGGAGCAGAAACAGCACACUUGCUCUGUGAUAUUCUUUACCCCCGGACGUUUCAAGGCCAGCAUCGAAUGCACCAGCAAUCCGCAGAAGCAGGCAGAGCAGCCGGGAGCAUUGCUAACCCGCUCCUGUCCGGCGGAAGCGGAGAGUGCCGGCCAAUCGGUCAUGUUCUCCUCCAGCUACGAUGAGCAGCAGGCGCAUGUGUGGAAGUUUAUUCCGCCCAUUGAGGUGACCGUCGUGGAGCAGUGAAAUGUUACCUGUCGCUAGUUUAAUUUCGUUACAAUGUUUGUGUAUGUAUUGUGUGUACACCCCAUACUAAUCCCCUACUCUCGUUAAAGUAUUUGAUUCCCACGCGCCCUGUUAUAUCCGUAAACACGGAAAGCAAUUGUUUGUAAAGAAUUCUUACCUACAUAGAUACAACAUGUAACGCAUAACACUGUAUAUAAUUAAGCUGAAACACAAAGUAAUACUGUGCCCUAAGCUUGAUAGAGAAAAUGGCCAUAACAUAAAUCGUAUAACCUAUAGUUCAUGCCUGUAAAGCAUAUACAUAUUUAAGCCAGCGAUGAGCUAUUUAAAUAGAUAGCAAAUGUUCCGCGCACUAGAAGCCACGCCAAGCAUUAUACAUUUUGAUAACAAGCUCGUGUUUACAAAAUAUUUUUAUACAAUUACCGGGGCAAUACAUAUGUAUCAUAAUGAACUACAUAUUAAGAUUGUUGCUAAAGAAAUUAUGCCAAUGAAAUGUGUGAAUACUGUAGUGUAAAAGCAAUAAACUCUAUUUGACGAAA